CUCCACGAGCUACGGUUACAUCAUGUGUAGUAGAAAUGAUAAUACUAUUAGUUAUCCGUAGAAAUGUUUGGUUCAGGAAAAGACAAAAGAAAAAAGACAAAGUGAGAAUAUCAGCUGACCACAAUAAACCUGUCUGUAACAAAAAGCUAUGUAGACUGUAAAAGGGAACAUGUGGUGGAGACGGUACCGCGUCCUCAGGAGUACUGCUACACUAAAGUGGUCCUGGGGAAAAUUGUGCUCCAGUUCAGUGCAUUUUUACAGCACUCCAUCAAUCCCUGCAGCCAGAAUCACAGCGCUUCAGGCAGUGCACUUGUGGAAGAGGCACUUCGAGGAGAAAGGUGUAGCAGAGCCUGAACACUCCAGUAGUUACAUCAUUGCUCAUCUGCUUGGAGCUAAAACUAUAGAGAGCAUUGAGCAAGAGAAGCUACACAAAGUUCUCAGCCAAGAAGAAACUGAGCAGAUAUGGAAGCUUUGCACCAGGCGUCUCUCCAGGAUACCUGUGCAGUAUGUGAUUGGGGAGUGGGAUUUCAGAGAUGUGACACUGAAGAUGAGACCGCCUGUGUUCAUACCAAGACCUGAAACUGAGGAGUUGGUUGAACUUGUUCUUACUGACCUGCUUCUGGAGCCUGAGUCUGGAGUGGGUGCAGAUAUGCAGCCAACGUGCCUGGAAGUGGGAUGUGGUUCUGGUGCCAUUUCUCUGAGUCUGCUAAGAAGUCUUCCCAAGGUUAAAGCCAUCGCCUUGGAUCAAAGCCAGGAAGCAGUGGAGUUAACGAGAGAGAACGCUUUCAGGUUGGGACUUCAGGACAGAUUACAGAUUCAUCAUAUAGAUAUUGUAAAAGAUGCAGAAGCUGUGAGGAACCUCUGCAGUCCUGUUUCAGCUUUGGUCAGUAACCCUCCGUACUUGUUCUCAGAGGAUAUGGCAACGCUGGAACCAGAAAUUCUAAGGUUUGAGGAUCACGCCGCUCUCGAUGGCGGCAAGGACGGCAUGAAAGUGAUCAAACAGAUUCUGACAUUAGCGCCACGAAUUCUGUCGGAUCACGGUCGUGUUUACUUGGAAGUGGACCCUAGACAUCCUCCACUGAUUUGUCAGUGGGUGGAGUUGCACGUGGAGGGACUGCGUUACGUGGAAACGCGACAUGACAUCACCGGCAGGCCGCGAUUCUGCAUCCUUCAGAAACAGAAGCAGAAAAAGGACCACAAGCUGGAUCUGCAUUGAGAAACUGAGAUCCUAUUACACUGGCUUUAGCCCAGAUCAUCAAAGCUUCAUCUCUUCUUCCACCCCCCCGCCAGCAGAGCCACCAGGCCCACGCUCACACUAAUUUCCUUACUUAAAAUUCACAACCAGCAGAAGCUUAAAUCAUUCUCAUUCCUCUGUGGCUGCAUUGUGCGAUUGUACCCAGUGCAGCCAGUUAAAAAUAAUAAUAAUCAUGCACAAGACGGCACAAAAGUGUGCUCAGAGCUGAAGGUAAUUACCGAGGCUUUUCUUAGAACACUCCCUCUCAGAACCUCACCCUCCUCCCAGGAAGCAUUCAGUAGUUCUGUGAAUCCGCCGAUGCACGGUCCUCCCCUUUGCUUGUCCACUUGCUGACUCAGAUGCAGGCUGUGUGUGUGUGCGCACUUUGUUGAACCAAAAAACACGUCGUAGCUUUUACUUCCUCAUACACGCCUAAGGGUGACAUGUUUCAAGCUCGAAGGCCAUUAAAAGAAUCAUUUUUGCUUCAAAGGUGACUGAAAAUAUUGUGUAACCAAGAGUCACAAGAGCAUUUGUCACGCAGUAUUUAACAACGCGAUGGUGACAGAAUGUCACUGUAACGUGAGUACUCGGGGGGGGGGGGGGGGGGGGGGGGGAAAGAAUCACAAAAGAGUAAAUGUGUUAUUUUUCUUUUUAAUAGAAAAUAUGUACACAUGUAAAAGGUAGAAAUAAGUGACAUGGUUAUUCAGAGAAUUAUAAAAUGGUGAAACAAACAGUGUGUGCGUUACUGUGCAAAAGUCUUAAGCACCUUCAUAGUGGUUUUUGAUGGUAACUUUUGGAAGAAAAACAUGUCUAUUUUAUUAAGGAAAAUGUGAUUUAAAGUAUGUAAAAGAUUUUCAAAUGAAUAGAAACGUGAUUACUUUUGUAGGUUGGCAGCUGAGUGCAUAAUUCCACAAAGACAACAAAAAAUAGUUGUUAGUGAAUAAUGAGUUGAUGGACAUGAA